UCGACAGCGUCUUCCAAACUACGCGUACAGUGUUUUCGUAUAAUAUUUCGUAUGUGAUUUACUGCUUCUAAAGUUUCCAAAAAAAGAAUAGUUGAAAAAACGGGUUUAAAACAUUUGCAAGCAACAAAAAACCAUUAGAGCUUGUGUAACUUAAACGCCAAUUUUUAUCGCGGUGAUCGGAAGGUGCCGCGGCACGUGUGCGUGUAGUUGUAUCGGGAUCAUCGAUCUACACUUGUUCGAGCGUAUGUGUCUAAAGUGACCGAUCGUACCGGCGCAAAGCUCAACAAAAAUUGGGAUGUGACGGAAGCAAUGGAUUGCAGCAACUUUGAAAAAAACAUUCAAAUAAAUUGAAACCCUCUUCAAAUGUUGUUGAAAGAACAGAUAAACCCAAAUCAAUCUCCAUCUUGUUUAAAAGAUAAUCUAAGUACAGUCUGCUCAAUAAAAAUAACAAUACCAACGAGGUGUUAUAAGAUGCAUCUUCUAAUGCUGUAAAUAUCGAAUUUGAAUGUACAACUGAUGGAAAAUGCAUUAAACCUCUCGAGUCGACAAACAUUUUGAAUUCGAAGAGAGGAUUCAUCAAGAAAUGACAGAGCCGAUGGUAUAAUAUUACUGUUUGAUGAUACAAACAAGUUCAAAUCGGCUUAUAAUUGCAAUUUUUAACAAUCCGCAGAAGUAACGAGAUCCAAAAUAUCAACGAGAAGCUACCAUCGCUUUUAAUUGACCACCUUUUUCGGUUGCAUUUGCUUAAAUCUCGAGUCCUGUAACAUUAUUCGAUCCUGACUUCCAGCACGAGCAACAGCAAUACCUUGGUGCUCACUAGGCCAUCCGGGGUGUAGCUAUGUAGGAAGAGCUGUUCGAAAAGUGCGUGGCACUAGUUUAAAAGCAGACAAAUAAAACGUCCGUAGACCACAGUUUAUCGGUGGCAUUACUAACAUGCGCUACGUUUGCGCCUUUGUAAUAGCCACGAGGUUCAGGUUCACACACGAUAGGAUAUUUAUGAUACCAUCACGAUGGACUCGUUAGAAUUUGGCUGUUUGUGAGUCGAGCCAGAAUCGAUUAUACUUGGGUUGUGUUAUACACCGUGCCAUAAAUAACCGAUAACUAACUACCCGUACGAACCUUCUCCGAGUGCUUGCUACGCCAGUUGUAUAAUGUUGGCAGAGUAACUUUUUGGAAAAUCGUUUGCUUUGCUUUGUUCGACACUUCCCACUUUGAGCAAAUCUUUGCCGAUGGGGCAUUUUCUUAAACCGGACGAAACAUCCGAAAUCGAGCCAUUCGAACCCGAGAGCAUAAUCUACACCGGGUCUACAGCUGAGGGCACGACAUCCAUGAUGGGAAGACGAGCAAAACAGAAUCCUACCAUCGUUAGCAGCACUGAGUCUGGUAACAACAAUGGCCAAAGCACUUCCCGGACCAGCGAAAAUAAGAAGCUGACAAAACCAAAGCAGAAAACACGAGACUCUGAUUGUUGCAGCAUUAACUUUAUCAAGUAUUCGUUGCACACAUUCAACACCAUAUUUCUGAUAUCGGGUUUAGUAAUAAUUGGCGUUACCCUUUGGACGAUAUUUUGGAAACAUCAAUAUAUUUCUCUUCUAUCAACAACCAAUUACGUUAUCGGAACGUAUGCUUUGUUGGCCGCGGGUUUGCUAGCGGUUUUUGGUGGAAUUCUCGGAUGUUGUGGAGUAUGGCAUGAGCAACGAGGAGUGUUGGUAUUGUAUACUUUUGUUCUACUGGUCGUGUUCCUGCUAGAAUUCAUUGUGGGCGGCUUAGCUUAUCUUUACGAAACGCAAAUCGAGACGGAGCUGCAGUACACCCUGAACGCAACAUUCAUGGAACACUACGGUGUGAGUGAACAGCAAACAAAAGCUAUCGACAGCCUACAGCAAGAGUUUUCCUGUUGCGGUGCUAUACGAUUCGAAGAUUGGCGACACAGUGUGUGGUUGCGGUCACGACGCAAAGAUCUGAUAAAGCCAACCGAGGGUCGUUUGGUGCCAGAUUCGUGCUGUAUAACUGUACUUGCAAAGUGCGGUCUACGUGAUGGCCCAAGUAAUAUUCACUAUACGGGUUGCAUAUACGAGAUGACGGAUGACCUAAAAUAUCAUUUGAUAAUUCUCGGUGCCAUCGGGCUCGGGCUAAGCGUGAUACAGGUCUUCGGUAUGGUUCUCGCUUGCUGUUUGUACGUGAAACUCAAAGAUGUACUCGACUGACAAAAGCCAGCGGAUCCAAUAGUCGAGCUAAUGGAUCCGCUCCCGGACAAUAUCAGCCUUAUUUAUGGAUAUGACGAUCAGCGCGUAUAAUAGAGCAAUGAAGCCAUGGAAUACGUUACCUGUUUAAAUAAAAUCAUUUCACAACGCUGCGGUUGAAAAAUACUUUCUUAAAAACCUGCUAGAAACUACAUGAAAUGAAGUCUCGGCGGAUACAUGCAAUCUCGAUUUAGUAGCAAGUAAGAAAGGAUGCUGUUGAAACAUAAUGUUGCAAUCUACAGUGACACUGCAAACAAGUAUGCUGUUUGCAAUCAGGUUAAAUUUUUGGCUUUUCCGUUGUACAAAUUAUUAAUAAUAAUGUUUAAAAAGGUAAAACAUUUCCAAAUAAGUUAUAUUUCAUGCGCGGGAACAGCACAUAUUAAACUACAGUUCAAAUGGUCUAUUAUGAAAAAUAAAGAUAAACUACAGAUGGACUGUAUGAGGAAUAUGUCUUAAAUGCUUCAAAUGUUUCAAAAUUGAAAUUUUGAACUAAUAAUAUUUAUCAAACUAACCUGUGAAAUUGUAACCGGUACUGAAUAAGUGUACUUAUCGAUUAAGCUAUACCAUUAUAGCUAGAUUUAACAAACCACGUUCGUGCAAAGCGAAAAGAAAUAGGAAAUAAAAGUAAUAUAGAUAUUUAUUACGA